AUGUAUUCGUGGCGUUUGCGGUCUGCACAGCACGACGAACAACAAUCGACCUGGGACAAAAAACCCGGUAGACAGCCCUACACGUUGUAUCAAAUAUCGGAGUUAGAAAGAGAGUUUCGAUCGAACAACUUUCUCACGCGAAGGAGACGUACGGAGUUGGCAAAAGUGCUCGGUCUAACGGAGCGGCAGACCAAGAUAUGGUUCCAGAAUAGAAGGAUGAAGUUAAAGAAGCAGACGAAGAAGAUUCAAGAGCUGGGGCUGGAGUCGGCUGCGGCGGCCACCCUGGCGCAGGGCCAUCCCGGCCUACCGUUACUUGAAGUAGUACUUGCCAAAAACUCCCGAUUGCCAUUUUACUAA